UUUUAGUCCUGGCAUUUCUAUUAGAGUCAACAAGAUGCAGCCAUUUGGGGCCCCAUACAGAGCAGGUACCAUGGCCCAGAGCAGGGCGCUGCUGCUCCUGCUGCUGUUACCGCCGCAGCUGCACCUGGGACCUGUGCUUUCAGUGAGGGCCCCGGUGUCUGGCCGAAGCAGCACCCACAGCCUGAGACCUGAAGAGAACGAAUUUGUGGAGGAGGAGCCGGUGCUGGUCCUGAGCCCUGAGGAGCCAGGGCCUGGCCCAGCUGCAAUAGACUGCCCCCAAGACUGUGCCUGCUCCCAAGAGGGUGUCGUGGACUGUGGUGGCAUUGACCUGCGUGAAUUCCCAGGGGACCUGCCUGAACAUACCAACCACCUGUCCCUGCAGAACAACCAGCUGGAGAAGAUCUACCCUGAGGAGCUCUCUCGGCUUCAACGGCUGGAGACUCUGAACCUUCAGAACAACCGCCUGACUUCCCGAGGGCUCCCAGAGGAGGCGUUUGAGCAUCUGACCAACCUCAAUUACCUGUACCUGGCCAAUAACAAGCUGACCUUGGCACCCCGAUUCCUGCCAAACGCCCUGAUCAGUGUGGACUUUGCUGCCAACUAUCUCACCAAGAUCUAUGGGCUCACCUUUGGCCAGAAGCCAAACUUGAGGUCCGUGUACCUACACAACAACAAGCUGGCUGAUGCUGGGUUGCCAGACAACAUGUUCAACGGCUCCAGCAAUGUUGAGAUCCUCAUCCUGUCCAGCAACUUCCUGCGUCAUGUGCCCAAGCACCUGCCGCCUGCCCUGUACAAGCUGCAUCUCAAGAACAACAAGCUAGAGAAGAUCCCCCCAGGGGCCUUCAGUGAGCUGAGCAACCUGCGUGAGCUGUACCUGCAGAACAACUACCUGACUGAUGAAGGCCUCGACAACGAGACCUUCUGGAAGCUCUCCAGCCUGGAGUACCUGGACCUGUCCAGCAACAACCUGUCGCGGGUCCCAGCCGGGCUGCCACGCAGCCUGGUGCUGCUGCACCUGGAGAAGAACGUCAUCCGCAGUGUGGACGCUGACGUGCUGACCCCCAUCCGCAGCCUCGAGUACCUGCUGCUACACAGCAACCAGCUGCGGGCGCAUGGCAUCCACCCGCGGGCCUUCCAGGGCCUCAAGCGCCUGCACACGGUGCACCUGUACAACAAUGCGCUGGAGCGCGUGCCCAGCGGCCUGCCCCGCCGCGUGCGCACCCUCAUGAUCCUGCAUAACCAGAUCGCAGGCAUCGGCCGCGACGACUUCGCCACCACCUACUUCCUGGAGGAGCUCAACCUCAGCUACAAUCGCAUCACCAGCCCACAGGUGCACCGCGACGCCUUCCGCAAGCUGCGCCUGCUGCGCUCACUAGACCUGUCGGGCAACCGCCUGCACACACUGCCACCUGGGCUGCCCCGCAACGUGCACGUGCUGAAGGUCAAGCGCAAUGAGCUGUCUGCCCUGGCACGGGGGGCGCUGAUGGGCAUGGCCCAGCUGCGCGAGCUGUACCUCACAGGAAACCGACUGCGCAGCCGGGCCCUGGGUCCCCGCGCUUGGGCGGACCUCGCCCAUCUGCAGCUGCUGGACAUCGCCGGGAAUCAGCUCACGGAGAUCCCUGGGGGGCUACCUGAAUCGCUUGAGUACCUGUACCUGCAGAACAACAAGAUUAGCGCUGUGCCUGCCAAUGCCUUCGACUCCACACCCAACCUCAAGGGGAUCUUUCUCAGGUUUAACAAGCUGGCCGUGGGCUCUGUGGUGGAAAGUGCCUUCCGGAGGCUGAAGCACCUGCAGGUCUUGGACAUUGAAGGAAACUUUGAGUUUGGUGACGUUUCCAAGGACCGUGGUCACUUGAAAGAGGAAGAGGAAGAGGAUGAGGAGGAUGAGGAUGAAGAAGAAGAGGAAACGAGAUAGUGACAAGGUGACACAGAUCUGACAUAGGACAAUGGACCACCGGACUCCUUUCUGCAGCACAAGCCUGUGCCCUGUGACUCCCCAUUCUGCCACACUCACACAGACACACCCAGCGCUGCACACAUGGGGUGUCCCACAUGACAUGGCCUGAACACAGUCUCACAUCCCAGCCCUUCCUGCAGUGUGUCCCACAGCCAGACAUGUGUAGACACAUGUCACACCCACACACACCCAGCCUGGCCACACACAGCUGGCUGCACAUCACCCACCAGACCAGCACACUGUCCACCCCACACCCAACACUGCUGCCAUGCCCCCUGAGCCAUGCAGACCAGAGAAGGGUGGGACCCCUCCCUGGCACACACAGGUGCCUGCUCCUUCCCUUGCGGACAUGCACGCACACACACAUGUACAUACGUGCACACGUGUGCGCACACACACACACAGUCAUGCACAGCCUUCCACAGCCUGUGCCUCCAACAGCUCUUGCUCCUAGCCAGAACUGGCCAGAACAGCUCACCAUCUGCCCCAUCCAUCUGUCCGUCCAUCCCCAGGAGAAGACACAGAGUUACCUCCGUGCUCUGCGGCCAGGUGCCUGCUGCUCUCUGGAACUCACAAAAGCUGGCUUUUGUUCCUUUCCCUCCCUUUGGGGACAGGAACCUUCUGGACUGCUGCACUGGCCCCUCCCCGCUUCCCCCAAGUGCUGGAACAGUCACUCUGCUGAGAGCCCUUCCCUGCCCUGCCCUGGUAGGCCACAGGCACUUUUCUGAUGGGCAGAGAGGGGCAGAGGCACGGGGCUGGGCUGAACCAGGCAGGAAGAACCCAGCCACACCAAUGAGACACCUUUAUUCUCUGGGUCUGCAGAGAAGUUCUGGGUGCCAUUGGUUUUUCAUUUUUUUUAAAGAAAAAGAUGAUGAAGAUAUCAAAGCUGAUUAUUCUUGUUACAGAAAAACUAAUAUAAAAGCAUUAUCCCUGUUCUUGCAGCCA